ACAUCUGGAAGCCACAUGUCAGAGGCAGCUGAAUAAAACAGUCAACCCAGCAAACUUAGGGUAACAAUUGUUGCCAAAAUCCCAGGCAGCAUGGACCUCACUUUUCUGUGGGUGCUUCUGCCAGUAAUCACUGUGGCCUGGGGCCAGUAUGGUGACUAUGGGUACCCAUACCAGCAGUACCACGACUAUAGCGAUGACGGGUGGGUGAAUCUGAACAGGCAGGGCUUCAGCUACCAGUGUCCCCACGGGCAGGUGGUGGUGGCCGUGAGAAGCAUCUUCAACAAGAAGGAAGGUUCUGACAGACAAUGGAACUACGACUGCAUGCCCACGCCCCAGAGCCUCGGGGAGCCUACGGAGUGCUGGUGGGAGGAGAUCAACAGGGCUGGCAUGGAAUGGUACCAGACAUGCUCCAACAACGGGCUGGUGGCGGGAUUUCAGAGCCGCUACUUUGAGUCAGUGCUGGAUCGGGAGUGGCAAUUUUACUGCUGUCGCUACAGCAAGAGGUGUCCAUAUUCCUGCUGGCUGACAACAGAAUAUCCAGGCCACUAUGGUGAGGAAAUGGACAUGAUUUCCUACAGUUAUGAUUACUACAUGCGAGGAGCAACAACUACUUUCUCUUCAGUGGAAAGGGAUCGCCAGUGGAAGUUCAUAAUGUGCCGGAUGACUGAUUACAACUGUGAAUUUGCAAAUGUUUAGAUUUGCCACAGACUAAAUCUGGGUGAAGGGAAAGGGGCCAGGAGACCCGAGGGUGUCCACACGUGUUAACAUCCGUUGGAACGCCUCUAGCUGUUUCUGCUGCUCUCUUUUCUUCUCCCUCAGCGGGUGGCUGCAACGCCAGCUUCCUGGGCCUUUCUAUUAUCUCACGUAUAAUAAAAUCCACAGUUAAACCCUC